GCCGGAGCCGAAGCCCAAGCCAGAGUUGCUGGGCAGAGUGCAAGCCCAGUGGGCCGGCACCAAGUGGCCCUGGGCCGGUGGGGACACAAGGCUUGGGGCCAGAGCAGGUCCGGGCUGACCGGGACUUACCAUGGACGCGAAAAAGAAAGGGAGCCCCUCGCGGACUCAUUCCAUGAUGUCCCUGUCGGUGAGGCCACAGCGCCGCCUGCUCAGUGCCCGGGUCAGUAGAAGCCAGUCUUUCGCAGGUGUCCUUGGCAGCCACAAGCGAGGGCCCAGGAGCUUCCAGGUCUUCAGCCCACCACCGCCAGGGCCCCCACGGAAGGCCCCAGCGCUUUCCCGUGUAUCUAGGAUGUUUGCGGUGGCCCACCCAGCCCCGAAGGUGCCGCAGCCAGAAAGGCUAGACCUAGUGUAUGCUGCACUUAAGCGAGGCCUGACGGCUUACCUGGAAGUGCACCAGCAAGAGCAAGAGAAGCUUCAGGGGCAGAUAAAGGAGUCCAAGAGGAAUUCCCGGCUGGGCUUCUUGUAUGACUUGGACAAGCAAGUCAAGUCCAUUGAACGCUUCUUACGACGAUUGGAAUUCCAUGCCAGUAAGAUUGAUGAGCUGUAUGAAGCAUACUGUGUUCAGCGGCGUCUUCGGGAUGGUGCUUACAACAUGAUCCGUGCCUAUACUACUGGGUCUCAAGGGAGCCGAGAGGCCCGGGACAGCCUGGCUGAGGCCACUCGGAGUCAUCGAGAAUACACAGAGAGCAUGUGUCUGCUAGAGAACGAGCUAGAGGCACAGCUGGGCGAGUUUCAUCUUCGAAUGAAAGGGUUGGCUGGCUUUGCCAGGCUGUGUGUGGGUGAUCAGUAUGAGAUCUGCAUGAAAUAUGGCCGUCAGCGCUGGAAACUACGGGGCCGAAUUGAGGGUAGUGGAAAGCAGGUGUGGGACAGCGAAGAAACUGUCUUUCUUCCUCUGAUCAUGGAAUUCCUGUCCAUCAAGGUGACAGAACUGAAGGGUCUGGCCAACCAUGUAGUUGUGGGCAGCGUCUCCUGUGAGACCAAGGACUUGUUCACUGCUCUGCCUCAGGUUGUGGCUGUGGAUAUUAAUGACCUUGGUACCAUCAAGCUCAGCCUAGAAGUUACAUGGAGCCCCUUUGACAAGGAUGACCAGCCCUCAGCUACUUCUACUGUCAACAAAGCUUCCACUGUCACUAAACGCUUCUCUACCUAUAGCCAGAGCCCACCAGAUACACCCUCACUUCGGGAGCAGGCCUUCUAUAACAUGUUAAGGCGACAGGAGGAGCUAGAGAAUGGGACUGCAUGGUCUCUGUCAUCAGAAUCUUCAGAUGACUCAUCCAGCCCACAGCUCUCGGGGUCUGCCCGACAUUCAUCAACCCCCAGGCCCCUAGUGCAGCAGACUGAACCUCUGCCCAUCCAAGUUGCCUUCCGCAGGACUGAGGCUCCCAGCUCUGGGCCCCUGGAUGAGGAGGGGGCCACGGCCCCAGCCCUGGCCAAUGGGCAUGCUCCCUACAGCCGGACUCUGAGCCACAUCAGUGAGGCCAGUGUGGAUGCUGCCCUGGCUGAGGCUUCAGUGGAGACUGUGAGCUCAGAAACCAUGGCUAGGGGUCGAAGCCCACCUACACACCCAGAUCCCAUCCAUAAGGAGCACAGUAGUCAUGUUUCUCUCACCCUAGACACGGGCUGUUCUGCUGCAAGUCCCACCCUCAGUCCUGCCCUCACAUCUAUAGGUCCUGCUCCAUCUGCACAUCUGGACUUAGUUCGUAAGGCCAUAGAGUCUGCCCCUUCUGAGGUGCCAAGCCCCACCAACACUACCACAAGUUCCUCCUGUAGUGCCAUAAGCCCUGUCAAUAGUGCUCCAAACUCUGCUUCCACAACUACAGGCUUUACCCAUAAGCCCAUGUCUUCCACUCUCACCACUAUAGGCCCGCUCUCCAGUAGUACAGGCCCAAUCCAGAGCACCACUAUCCCCACCCACACUACUCCAAGCCCCAUUCAUACCACUGUAAGUCCCACCCAUACUACAGCAUGUACCACACACGUUACUGCAAGCUCCACUCACUCUAACCCCAUCUCUACCCACCCUUCUACCCCAAGCCCCAUCUCCACCCACCCUUCUACCCCAAGCCCCAUCUCCACCCACCCUUCUACCCCAAGCCCCAUCUCCACCCACCCUUCUACCCCAACUCACACCACUACAAGUCCUAUCCCCAGUGCGAUAGCCCCCAUCCAGACUACUACAAGCUCCACCCUUGCAACUGUAAGCCUUUUGUCUUCUCAAGACCUUGCUAUACUCCCUAGCACCUCCGUAGGUCCCACCCUCCCAGGCACAGACCCCUUGCCCUGUAGCCAGGCAGACCCCACACCCCCCAGCACACUGUACCCAAGUUCUACUUGUUUUGAUUGGAAACUUGGAAGUCCUGCCCCAGGUCCCCAGGAGCCUAUUAUUCAAAACCUAAGUCCCCUUCCUUCUCCCUCAGUCCCUGAACCCCAGCAUUCAGAACCUAGCUUGGCCACAGCUACCCAAGCUCCAGUCUUAGAGGCAGCUGGAGGGACUGGGGACAAAAGGCUGGAGGAUGCCCUGGGGGCUUUAAUGGCUGCCCUGGAUGACUACAGGGGCCAGUUCCCUGAGCUGCAAGGCCUGGAACAGGAGGUGACUCGGCUGGAAAGUCUGCUUAUGCAGAGACAAGGCCUGACUCGCAGCCGGGCUUCCAGUCUCAGCAUCACGGUGGAGCAUGCCCUGGAGAGCUUCAGCUUUCUCAAUGAAGAUGAAGAUGAAGACAGUGAUGGUCAUGGAGACAGGCCCUCAAGCAGCUUGGAGGCUGGGGUUGAGGACAGCAUAGACUCACUCUGUGCCCACCCCCUCAGCACGGGGUGUCCAGCUCUAGAUGCUGCCUUGGUCCAGCACCUGUAUCACUGCAGUCGCCUCCUGCUGAAACUGGGCACAUUUGGGCCCCUGCGCUGUCAGGAGGCAUGGGCCUUGGAGCGGUUACUGCGGGAAGCCCGAGUGCUUGAGGCAGUGUGUGAGCUCAGCAGGGUAUGGGAGAUCCCUGCAACUUCUGCCCAGGAAGUGGUGCAGUUCUCAGCCUCUAGGCCUGGCUUCCUUAUCUUCUGGGACCAGUGUACAGUGGGACUAAGCCCCUUCAUCUGCCCUGUGGAGCAGGUGCUCCUCACCUUCUGCAGCCAGUAUGGUGCCCGUCUCUCCAUGCGCCAGCCAGGCUUAGCCGAGGCUGUUUGUGUGAAAUUCCUAGAGGAUGCCCGAGGGCAGAAGCUGCCCAGGAGGCCCCAGCCAGGACCUGGGGAGCAGCUCACCAUCUUUCAGUUCUGGAGUUAUGUAGAAACCUUGGACAGCACCUCCAUGGAGGCCUAUGUGACUGAGACCGCUGAGGAGGUGUUAUUGGUACGGAAUCUGAACUCUGAUGAUCAGGCUAUUGUGCUGAAAGCCUUGAGGUUGGCACCUGAGGGACGACUGAGAAAGGAUGGACUUCGGGCCUUGAGUUCCCUGCUUGUCCAUGGCAAUAGCAAGGUCAUGGCUGCUGUCAGCACCCAGCUCCGGAGCCUGUCACUGGGCCCUGCCUUCCGGGAGAGGGCCCUCCUAUGUUUCCUGGACCAGCUUGAGGAUGAGGAUGUGCAUACUCGAGUGGCUGGCUGCCUGGCCCUGGGCUGCAUCAAGGCUCCAGAAGGCAUUGAGCCCCUGGUGUACCUGUGUCAAACUGAUACAGAAGCUGUGAGGGAAGCUGCCCGGCAGAGCCUGCAGCAGUGUGGAGAAGAAGGACAGUCUGCCCAUCGACGACUGGAGGAGUCACUGGAUGCCCUGCCCUGCAUCUUUGGGCCUGGCAGCAUGGCCAGCACAGCAUUCUAAACUCUCUGCUGCUGGCUCCCAGGGCCCUUGCCCCACUUUCAGGGCUCACCAGGCACUGGUAGGGAGGAUGAGUGCUGGCUCCAGACACCCCUCCCCACAGAUUCCUAUCAAUGAAAAUCUAAUAUAUUCUGUUACCCUGGGGGUUGGUAGAGUCAGCACCUGCAGUCAAGUGCCUCCCAGCCUCGGCUCAGCAUAGUCCUUGACACAACAGUGUCCAGGGCCUGCCCAUCCUGCCUCUGCCUCACCAUAUCCCCUGGUUUUGUAUUUUAUUUACAGAGUUUUACAGAAAAUAAAAAA